UAUUUGUAGCCACAUGCUCGCUCUCAGGACUCAGUCAGCGUUUGACUCAGUGGUGGCAGCAGCAGAGGGGAUCUAGGAUUUCCACUUGUCAGUUCCUCCCCGACACCGAAAUCAAGUGCAUCCCCUCAGCUAAAAAAUGUCAAAGUUGGACCAGGUCCUCAUCCUCGACCCUCCCUCCGACCUCAGAUUUAAAGGUCCUUUCACAGAUGUAGUCACCACCAACCUCAAACUGAAGAACCCUUCUGACAGAAGAGUGUGUUUCAAAGUGAAGACGACGGCGCCUCGCAGGUACUGUGUACGGCCGAACAGCGGCGUCAUCGAGGCCGGAGCAACCGUCAUCAUCUCUGUCAUGCUACAGCCCUUUGACUAUGACCCCAAUGAGAAAAGUAAACACAAAUUCAUGGUGCAGACGAUUUUCGCCCCGUCACAUGUUUCCGACAUGGAUGCAUUGUGGAAAGAUGCAAAACCCGAUGAUCUCAUGGAUUCCAAGCUGAGAUGUGUCUUCGAGCUGCCUUCUGAAAACAAUAAAGUGAAUGACGUGGACGCGACCAAAACGGCCCCGGUGAUGAACUCCAUGAAGGCCGAGGCGACGGCUGCCUCCAUGCCGGCCGCUGGCUCGAUGGACGACUCGGAGAUGAAGAAGGUUCAGGAGAAGUGCAAGAGGCUGCAGUCAGAGAUGAACAAGCUGUCUGAGGAGAACCGGCAAUUAAAGGAGGAAGGAAUUAGAAUGAGAAAGAUGCCCCGCUCAGACCACAUGACAUCAAACUCGACUAGCCUCCUCGGCCGAGAAGCCAGCGCCGCCUCCCUGCCCUCCCUCCUCGUCGUCAUAGCAGCCAUCUUCAUCGGAUUUUUCUUAGGGAAGUUCAUCUUGUAGACUGGGAGAUGCAUGCCAGCCGUAUCCCCCACCCCCGGCUCUGGAAUCUCAAAAAGGCCUGGAAACACCCCCCCCGCUCCCCCUUCUCCCCUCUCUCCUCCCCUUCGAGAAGUCUUUCUGUUGACUUUGCCAUAUCAUUGGUAGUGUGGCCUACAGUGAACACAUCUGUACAGCAUCAUCAGAAGGCGUCGCCUUUUUACAAUCUCACACAGUUUGAAACGCACGGAGAGUUAAGUAAAGAAAGGCAACAAAAAAAGAAAAGCUCCUUUUUGUUUGUUUGUUUUUUUGUUUUGAGGGUUGGAUCAUACGGUUUAAAUGUGGUGGGACAAUGAAAGUUACUAUCAGAUCAGUCAACACGGAAGAUGCACCUAGAGCUGAAAACAUGGGCAAGAAGCAGUAAAAACGAAACAAAACGAAACACAAAAAAAAAAAAUAAUAAUUUCUCAAUCUCUCUCAAUCUCUCUGUUGUUUUUAAUAGGAUUUGAAUGGAAUGUUAGGUGUCUUGUAAAUGUUGUUUUAAUCCUUUUAAACAAAAAAAAGGAAAGAACUUCCAUCAAAAAGACCUUGCUACCUGUUGCUGGAUCAGCCUCUGAAGUAAAUCUGUUCAGUUUGUAAUUUCUACUUCUUGUGUUGGAAUGUUCAGGCCCAGCUUGGGACAUAGGUGCCUCCUUCUUGUACAUUUGUCCUUUCUUUUUCCUCACAACACCAAUGCAGACUUUAUAUUAUUAUUAAUAUUAUUAUUAAUUAAUAUUAUUAUUAUUAUACAAAGCAUAUAUAUAUAUAUAGUCCUUCUGAGGCAAUUAUUGACUAAAAUAAGAUUUCCAUUCUUAAAUUCCUGUCCCAUGGUAUUAAGCAUUGAAGAAAAAUAAAAAUGGAAAAUGUGGUUUUCA